GGCUAGUCUGGUCUGUUACAGUGAGGAGAAUACGCGGAAGGAGGAUAGAUUGGAGUGAUGGGAGGAGACACGCGUUGAGCAGUCUGUUAUUUGUAAUAGAGUCAACGAUGAGACGUGUGUCGUUGCAUAAACCGUUUGGCAAUGUUGCGUAAGAGGAUAACAGGGGCUCCUUUUUUGAUUCGCAGUAGAUGUGAGGGGAGGGAUGGGAUGUCAAUUGCGUUUAGAGCGUCCGUGGGGACAUCGGGAUAUUGUUCAUUGGGAAGCAGAGAAUCGGAGCUGAGUGAUGUGAUGAAGGGACCUGGGAAUUGGAAGGAUCUAGCGAAAAUCGCCAGCGAGCACGACAAUUUUGUUGCCAAAAGGGGAUUGAGAGGAACAAAUGUCGCGAAGUGUUUGGUCGAGGGCUUCGAUAUGGAAUCUAUGUAUCAUUGGCGCCUCGUCCCAAACGAUAAUGACGGCCAUUCGAAUGAGAUCUGCGAAUGCGGAUUGUUUGGGAAUAUCGAGUGUGGAAGUCGCGGUCGGAUUGAGAGAAGCUUUGAAGCGGGAGUGAAAGUGCAAGUGCAUUAUCGAACUGUCGUGCUCGUGACCGAAGGAGCCUCCCUUGAGGGUUGUCAGUUUCCCAUAAGUGGAGAAUCUCAUGAGCAGGUGUAUCAAUUGGAGGAUAUUGCCAAAGCGGCGGGCGAAUUGUGCCUCGACGGCAGCACAAGCAGCGUAGUGUCUGGAAUGGCAAUUGAUAUGGCAGGAGUGGGCAGGAUGGGCAUGGGAGGGCAAGGGAUAGGCAAGGGUGGUCAGGCGAUGGGCAUGGGUAACCAAGGGAUGAUCGGACAAGCGAUGGGGAACCCAAGUAUGGGCCCAUCGAAUCUUGCCGGUGAGAAUAUGGUAGCUUCGGGUAGUGCUCCAGCAUCACUGUAUGGGUUAGUGACGUGUUUCAUAUCCGGCAAGAACAGGCAUUACGCCCGGAAUUGUUGGCAAGUUGGGAACCGACCGAACACGGAUGAUGACAACUCGAGGAUGAGGGAGAUUUUUCAAAAAAUGUCGUUGAGGGAGGAAGAGGAAGGGAAUAGAAGACAGUGGGAAUCCGAAGAGGCGAAGAAGGAGGAGAGGAGGGAAGGAGAGAAGAUACGGGAGGAGGAGUUGAGGGAGGCAAAGUUGGAAGCCACAAUUUUAUGGAUCUUGUCACAACGGCGUGAGCUAGUGAUGAUCGUGGCAGCACCACAAACAAGUAAUCAAACAAGGAAGCGUUCGCCACGAUCGAAGGCAUCGAUGCUGCAGGAAUCAGCAGUUAUACCGCCGAGUCCGAAGAUGACAACGAUGAAGUAAAGCUUGAGGCCGAUAGAUUUGAUUGAGGCCCUAGGGACACGGAAGAAGGGCAAGAAGGCCACAAAUCA